CCAGGCUGCCUACUCCUUUAGCGGAGAUCCAAGUCAACUUCACCUGUGAAGAUACAAUGUGAAGUGUUGUCAAUGGUAUAGGCACCCCAGUUGGUCAAAUUAAAAUCCAAAGGCAUUCUAUAAUAUAACCCGUAACCGCCAAGCUUUUAGGUUGACCAGUUGUACAUCAGGGUGUAGGCUGCAUGACUGUGUCAGUUACAGUGAAAAAAAAUGAGUUAGAUGGUCAAGGGCACUAGUCCUUCAGACUGGGUAAGAAGACACAACUCACUAGAGGUACUGGGGAGUCAGCCACUUGCAAUCACCUAAGUAUUUGUUACAUAGAACAAUUAGCCCCUCAUGGCAUUGAAAAGACUGGCGUUCAGCCUAAGAGCUUUUGUGCCUUGUCCACAAGUGAGCAUUUCCACUACCCCUCCAGAUUACACAAGACUAUUAGUUUGGAGAGAGGUAGGAAAGCACUAUGUGUCACAGUCUCCUCAGGGGAGUACUGCUGAGUGGGAGCGGAAAGCUACCACAUCCUCUGACACAGUGCACUAUCCCUUCCAGUAGACUUUUGCUGUUAAUAAGUACCUUACCAACAGACUCCAGAUUCUUAUAGAGCAGGUGUUUUGAUUUCAGGAGUCACUCAUGUUAUUAGGAAGACCAUAGUGUCAUUUCUAGGUAACAUUCUAGGGCUCUUGGAAAACAAGCAGGUGUCUAUGAUGAUGCUUCCUAUUCUGAUUGAUUUUUUUCCUGCAUUCCCUAUGCCUUAGUCAGUGUUCUAUUGCUGUGAAACACCAUGACCACAACAACUUUUAUAAAGGAAAGCAUUUAAUUGGGGCUGGCUUAUAUUUCGGGGGGUUUAGUCAUUAUCUUCAUAAUGAAAAGCAUAGCGGCACACAGGCAGACAUGGUGCUGCAGAGGUAGCUGAGAGUUCCACGUCUGGAUCCACAGGCAGCAGGAAAAGAGUGACACUGGGCCUGGCUUGAGCAUCUGAGACCUCAAAGCCCACCCCUAGGGGUGUAAUUCCUCCAAAAGGCCACAUCUACUCCAACAAGGCCACAUCUCCUAAGAGUGCCACUCCCUAGUGACCAAGCAUUCAAAUCUAUAAGCCUUUGAGGGCUCUUCCUAUUCAAACUACCACAUCCUACUUCAAACCUGAACUUUGUGUGUGUGUGUGUGUGUGUGUGUGUGUGUGUGUGUGUGUGUGUGUGUGUGUGAAUGAAUAUAUUUUAUAAAAACCUCUUGGUCACCCCAGAAUAUUCCUCAAAAGUGCUUGGCAUAUUGACUCACUUUCAUUUCAUUUGUGACUCUGAGUCUUUGUCCUCAAGAGAGGCUUUCAAAAAGGUUUCUCAAGUCUUUUUUCCUUUUUAAUUAUACAAAAAUUAGUUAUUUAGAUAGUCUGGUCUUUUUCACCCUGUUUUUAAGUACUUUUUCCCCAUCAUUUGAUGGUCAAGCAUUCGAUAGAUAGAUCAGCACAGAUAUGAAAUUCCAGAGCAGCGAAUGGAAUUAGCCUGAAUUAGGUGCAAUCACUUUCUACUGCUCUGAAAUUUGAGAGGAGUCCAAAUAUUUGCACUCUUCCAACUCUUAUCUGGGGUUUAAUCCCACCUCACUGGAUCCAUCAUCUGGCAUGGAAGUUUUAGGGAUUAUUAUGUGUUAAGGUUGAGCUAUUAUAGAAAAGAGGGCCCCUGAAGAGAGUAGGCAGCCACAGAGAGCUAGAAAAGAAAAGUGAGUGGGUGUGUAGGAACAGUUGUGUGGGGAAAGAGAGGUAAAGAAAGGGGACUUCAGGAGAUUGGAGUGGGAGUGUGAUCUUUCACUUUCCUCUUCCUUUGUUUUCCUUGCCAGAGAAUGCUGUAAGGAAGCCCUGUGUGGAAGAAUUGGGACUUGGAGUUUUCUUCUCUUGUGUUUAGUGUCCUUCUUGGAAUCCCUUGUUUUUAGUAUCCAAAGUUCAUCAUAGGCCAGUAGAUGGCACAUGGCUUUAGUUCCAGCACCUGGGAGGCAAAGGCAGGAGGAUCUCUAUGAGUUCAAGGUCAAGCCUGGUCUACAUAGCAAGUUCCAAGCCAGCCAGGGCUACAUAGUAAGACCUUGUCUCCAAAACAAGAAACAAAACCAAGUUCCUAAUAAUAGCCAUGGUAAUUCCACAUCGUUUGGUGAAAUUUUUGACAUUUGCUAAGUAAACUUGAGAAUACAGAGUGAGAGUGUGAGUAUGAAGGAGCUGUGUUUUCAGAAAGAGGUGACAGGUCUAAUGCAAAGGGACUAUGACAAACAGGAAAGAUUGCAUUAUGAUCAGUUUAAAAGAAUAAUGACUAGUGCAGAGUCUUAAAUAACUUAACCAAGUAGGAUCUAAGAGAGACCACGUGAUCUGAGACCCGGCAGUCACUCCAGGGCACAGGCUAAGGGAAUUGACUUGGUUUGUGAUUUAACAAGACGGUAUGUGUGCUUACAAAGGUUUCAGAGAUCCCACGACAACAUGUCAACAAUCUCCUUUAAGCAAACAAGGCCACCCCCACAGGGGGUGGGGGCUGGUCAGACCUUUGUGUUCACUGUCCUUAGAAAGCACUUCCUCCACAGGCCACAUGUGCAAGGUACCAAGGAACAAAGCAUCUGUAUAGAUGAGGCAAGUAUCUGGAAAAGUGAAGAAAACUGAAAGUAAAACAAUUGGCAGAUGAGGCAGGUUAAUGGCAAGGGUGUUUGCUAAAUAUCACAUUUCCUAAACACAAGUGCUAACCAUCUUACACACACUUCUAUUGCUACGAGUCUUGGAAAACAAAGUCCAAGGGAGGGAGCCCAGUGAACUAUACCAGAGCUCAGAUCUUGCCAAAAAUAACUCAGCAGGCAGCAGAUCCAAAAAAGAUUACUGGAAAUGGGGUAAAGCUCAUCACGAGGUUUCCCCCCCUGGUCCAAGGGUCCCACACCAUAAAGACACGUGUCUGUCCUGCUGCAUGUAUCUCACCAUGAGGAAUCAUGUGCAAAAAGUUAAAGAUCAAAUGGGAGAAGGGAAAGAAGGUCCGUGUUUGUUCAAAUAUUUGCAGACUACCAGGGUGUAUACUGAGGACAGGGGCAAUAAAGAUGGGACGUGAAGAACCUGUCACCCCUGCCUCCAUGUGAGUAGGGUAUUUGUCCAUCUUUAUUUUGAUCAUUGCUGAACAUCCAGCACCAAACAGUACCUGGCACAUAGUAGGUUCUCAAAAAAUAGAUACUAAGUAGGAAAACACUCAUGGGCUACUGUACACGUAGUUGACAACUAAACAGCCAUUUCCAAUCAGUGUUUUCAACAUGUAGUUAUGUAGCAACCAACCACAAGUUAAGCAAUCACCAUACAGUUAACAGACUGUGACAUGAGCUACAUGGCAGGUGGAAUGCGGAAGUACUAUUAAAGCUCAUCCUAAUGGUAAGAGGCAGCUUCCUGUCACUCCCAGGCUGAGUGAUGAAAUUUGAUGAGCAGGGGCAUGAGGUUGAGCCAUCUCAGAUUUCAGAGAACAGCGUGUGAAUGGGAUCCUUAAGCAGAAGUGUGAAUAGGGGAACUGCCCAUACAGCAUCGAUACUGGAUAAAGGAUGGUGAGCAGAAACCAGAGACACCCAGUCUGAAGAGAUUAGCAGUAGAAUCACAAACAGAAUUGGACCGUGGGCCUGGAGAGGCCCUCUGAAGGCCUUAGCACAGGACUGAUAGCAUCAGAGUUGCACUUUGGCCAUGUAACUCCAGCUUGAAGUAGGAGGAACAAGCCAAAGAGAAAGGUGGGGCAGGGGUCCAGGUAAGGGUGACAGUGGCUGUGGCUUUGGUGAAGGGAAAUGGCAAUAAAUGAUGGCAGACAGACUGGGAAAUCAAAGUUCAAAAAGACUGACGGGUGUGGGGGAUUGUAGGAGGCUGCCAGGUGUCUGGCUCUGGAGGCCACGUGAAUGAGAGGACCAUCGUGCAAAAUGGGGAGCACGGACACUCAAUAAAUUUGAUCCGCAGUGGAUAAGGAGGGAAGAUAGCUUCCACCUGUGAACAGGUGAUGCUCCUGGAACAAAAAUUACUACCCAAUUUAUUACUUCCUCUAGAGCUUACAACCCCAAGACAAAGAGGAACGGAUGCUGGUUCGUUCAUUCAGCAAUCAUUUACUGACUUUCCACAUUAUACUGUGUACUAACACUAAGAAAAGAACACUGAGCCAAGUCCAUUAUUCCUGUGAUGGGGCCCACUGAAGGAAGGCAGCUGUAAACACAGUGAGUUGAGGACGAGUCAGAAAGUGGGAACAAGGAUUAGAAGUGGAAGAUAUCCGGCAACAGUCGUUGUUAACAUACAUUGAUUCAUUACAUUUUCACAGAGUAGGGAAACACUUUAAGACAAUAAAUCAUGAAUGUGAAAUUGAAGAGUGUGGUUCUCACCGAAAUUUUGAAACCUGCCAAUUUGGAAGGAGGACUCCAAUUUAAAUGCAGCAAUGUUCAGUAAGAUUUAAUAAGUCUUGGGACUGGAAUUCAUUUAAUUGGGAAAAAUGUAAGUCUUUCAGUACUUUGAGCAGUGAAAUGAAUACUUUUGGUAGAGGGAAAGACUUGAUAUAAUAGGAAAAGUUUUUCUUUUUCUUUUGAAACUAUAGGCUUUGAUUCUCCUGUGACUUGAUACUUCACAAGAGCUUAAAGGAAAGCAAUAUAUGAACCUAAGUUAAGACAAUAAAGGUAUUUUUGUAACAAUUUAUUGAUACAUAAUUUCUGUCCAUGAAAUGCAAUCAUUUCAUUUAUAAAAUUCAAUGUUUUCAGUAUAUUUAUACCUCCCUAUCAUAAUCAUAAUUUUAUAAUCAUAGUUAUUCUCAAAAUAAAUUCCAUCCUUUUCAUCCAUCAUGUAAUCCUUCUUCCACUGCUCAGUCUUGGGGAGACAUCAAGCUAUGUUUUCUCUACAGAUUUGCCUAUUCUGGACAUUUCAAAUAAAUAGCUCCUUUCUAUAUUAAAAAAAAAAAGAAGUGGAAGAUACAAUUUUCAUUGUGGUGGAUAAAGGGAUGUGUUACUGGAAAAGGUAACAUUCAAACAAAAACUUGAAAGACAAUACAUUUCCAAGAACACCCUUCCAGUCAGGGGGCAAUGUAAGCACAAAGUCCUGAGCUGGGAGCUUGGUGGGUUUUUAAUCGACAAAGUAGCCAAUAUGCCUUGAAUGAAAUUAGUUGAGAAAUCACCUGCGUUGACGGCAGAGAGCUUUUUGAGGUGGUUGAGCAUGGAGCAGCAGGGAAAUGUGACAGUUUGAUUAAGACCCAGCUAAGAACUUUGGAUUUUCUUCUGAGAAACAUAAGAAACCACUAAAGACUUGUUAGGGGGAGAAAUUAAGGGGGAAAAGAAACUUUUACAUAAGGCUCCCACACAAGACGUUUUUAUUGUUUCCUGUUCAGCCCUUUUUUAGAAAUGUAUUUCCAACCCAAUCAUGUCCUUACAAACUUUCAGCAUUUUGUUAUAGUCUUAGUUUUCUGAACCCAAAUUGUGACCUUGUUUAUUUGUCAAUGCAUUUAUUUUACACCAUAAGUAUUGAAAGACAUGCGCAGAGAUGCUCUGGGGCUCUCACUUCAGCAUUUCAUGAUGUUUCUCCAUUGUCUUCCAGUUCCAACUGUUUCUGAUGCAAAAUAGGUUGGUCAUUCUCUUCUUUCCCCCUCAUAUGCAAGUGAACCUUUGGAUUAUUAUUAUUCUGAUUGCUUUUGAAGUUUAAAGGGUUUUUUUUUUCAUUUCUUCCUUUCAUUUUUGGCUAUUAGACUUUUAUGUGCUGAGGAGUAACUUUACAUUUUUAUGUUUGGUGAACUCUGAGUACUUAGGACAGUGCUCUUCAACUUGGAGGAGGGGGAGUCUGUCAUUCACGUUUCAAAUGCUUCCACUGCGGGCCUCCCGCCUCCUGCCCUGAGUGCCUCAGCUGAGCGGCUGUUCUCACUCUUUAAAACGGUUUCCGCAUUCUCUACUUUUGAGUGUGCAACUUCUGUUUGUCCUUUUUAUUCCGUCAGAUUCACUGUAUCUUCUGCUGUUAAGUUUGUUGUUGACCAUUUUCUCUACAUUUUUCUUUCAGAUACUGGUGUUUUGUUUUGUUUUGUUUUGGUUGUUUUGUUUUGUUUUUGCGUGUGUGUGUGUACAGAUCAGAGGACAGCUGUGGGAGUUGGUUCUCUUCUUCCGUGUGGGUCCUGAGGAUUGAACUCAGACUGUCAGUCUUGAAAACAAGUGCCUUCACCCACUGAUUCAUCUCUUGGGCCUCAAUUGGUAUUUUUUAUAACUAGAAUGUCUACUAUUCCAGGAUUGCCAUUUCUUUCUUCAACACCAUAUUUCUUCAUCUAUUAUGUCCAUUCCUUUCUACCACUAGAAAUAUUGAGCAAAAGUGUGGUAAAACACAUAUUAACAUGGGAAUCCUAGAUUUUGCAUUAAUCAUUAAUGGUAAAAGAAACAGGGAGACAAGUUAGGAGGCUAUUGAAAAAAUUCAUACAAAAGAUGUUAGUAGUUAGGACCAAUGUAGCACCUCACGCGGUGAAUUGUGAUGACAGAUACCUAAUCAAUACUAUGGUAACAAUUCCUUAAAAGGAGGUUUUGACUCAAAAAGUGAAUGGGACAUACCUAAAGGUUUUUAAAAAUUGACAUAUAAAAGGAGGUUGGGACUAAAACAAGACUUUAUACUCUUGUACCAUUGGCACAGGGAAGAUUUUUGGAGGGAUCACCCAGAUUAACUUCCUCUUACCAUUGAGGUGCUUAUCCAAAGUCAUAUGGUAAAUGUCCACACCAUGAAUUAAACCUACAUGGCUAUACACUUCCUUACCAUGUUCCUGUGGGACCAGAGCGUUGGGAAAACUUAGAGGCAACAAGCCUGGAGGGGAAUCCAGAGGAAUGAAUGACCACUGGCUCAGCGCUUACUGCAUGCCACACCACGGAGUCAUCCUGCAUGUAUUCAGCACUUUGCUUCUGUAAAAUAGGCACCACCGUUCCAUUUCCUCACAGGAAAGAGUGAGGCUCUAGAAGACAAAAAAAAAAAAAAAAAAAAAAAAAAAAAAAAACACCACCAAGAACAUGUCCCUAGAAAUGGGGCAGAGCCAUCUGAAACCUGAUCACCAGUGGCCUCCUGCUGCAGGAGCUAGGAUUCUGCUGCAGCAGGUCCUGGCUAGAGUGCAGACACAGAGGAAGGACUAGCCCUUUUCAGUUGUGGUCUUAUGUUCGUCUAGGAAACAGCCCUGCCUGGUGAACACAAAUUCAGCACCAACGGUUCCACUGCAGACAAAGCUGGCAGAGUAAAGUCUUCAACUCCUCACUAUGGGUAAGGAAAGUUUGUAUAGAACAGGAAAGAAAGGUCCUUCCCAGAGGGCUUCCAGGUGGGGAGACGCUCACUCGGUAAAGUACUUGCCAUGAAAGCAUUAGGACCUGAGUCUGGACCCCAGCAUCCACAUGGAGCAUGGCAAGGAGUGCCCUAACCCCAACACUGGGGAUGCAAAGAUAGAAAGAUCCCUGGGAGUUGCUAGCUAGCCAUUCUGUCCAACUUGGCAAGUUCCAGGUCCACUGAGAGACCCUAUCUCAAAAAAUGAGGUGGGGAAUAGUUGACACAGAUAUUGCCCUCUGGCCUCCACAUAUUCACACACACACACACACACACACACACACACACACACACACACACACACACAUACACACACACACACACGGCAGCUUAGAAAGAACCACCAUGGACUUCCUGAACACAAGGAGUCACAAUUUCUAACAAAUACAUGAAAUGCAGAUCCAAGGAUCCAUAGUCCCCAUUCUUUUACCUCCUACAGCAACACACCAAAACCUGGCCUCAAAGAUAUUCUGUUUAUGCUGCCGGGAUUGUGAGGAAGCUGUCAUUGAGAGCUCCACGGAUCCUAGACAAACCGAAGGGAGCCAGCCACCAACCUACAGUUCGCAGUCCCAGAAGAAUGAGUUAAACAAACAAAAUCCCAAGCACACUAAUGCACAGUCCUUCUUUGGUCAAGAAAAGAGAUACUCUUCCAGCAGCAGUGAUUUUGAAGAGCUGACCGCAUACAACAUCCAAACAGGAUACCCUAAAAAAAAUCUAAACCGCUACUACCAGGAGCACUGGUCCUUCCAGCCGUGCCUCAUGGGGAGACCCUGAGGGUUCUAGUGGCGGUGUCACACAGGCUCUGAGCUGUGCGGCUGCUGGAGGGUCUCCAGGAGGGUGAAGAGAGUGGUGGACAGGAGUCAUGAAGACCGAUUCAGAAACUCCACCGCAGGAAGGAAGAGGUCCGAGCCAUCCUGUGCCACCAGCAUGAGUCACUCCAGCCCCUGACGCAGCCAGGGAGGGAGGCUGCCCGCAAUUAAAGUCCUUGGUCGCAUCAGAGGACGUGUCCCUCCUUUUUGUCCCUCCCCCAUGCCUCAUAAAUAGCUUAUCAGUUCUUAGACUGUCACUUCUAAAUAACCUAUGAAAAAACUUAACGUUGUGAAUAGCUUUUGAAAUGAUUUCAAAUUUACAGAAAAGUUGUCUCAAUAUAAAAAAAAAGGAAAAGAAAAACUAGUUCAGAUUCACCAGUGGUUUGCACAUUUCUCCUGUUCAUCUUACCAAUUUUCCUUUGUUUUUCCUGAAUGACCUGAGAGUGAGCAUCCUGCCCCCUUCCCUAAAUCCUUCAUAGAGCAAUUCUUAUAGACAAAGGACAUCCUCCUUUAACUCUGCCAGGUACCAAAAAGUAAAGCAUCUCAUACUAAGACAAUCCUAUUUAAAUUCCAUCAAUUGUCCCAAAAUGCCUCAGCACUUUUUCACCCAAGGCCAUGGAUUCCACGCAGUCACCGUGGGUUUCACACAUUUCAAGUGUUCAGUUUAGAAUUAUCUGGUAUUUCCAUUGGAUCAGAGUCGAGCUUCCCAUUUAAGGCAGGAAUGGCCUAGGAGGAACAUGGUGCCCUCCCUAACGGGUGAUAUCAGGAGGUACAGAGCACACAGGGUCCCAUAUGAGUGGAAAUUUAGAUUGCUUGCUGAAGGGAUUUCAUGUGGACGUCAGCGAUGGGUCACUUGCCCAGCAUGUAGAAGGUCCAGAUUUGAUCCCUAAUACCACAGAAAUAAAAACAAAAGUCACUUGUUUGAUUUAGUUCCUUGUCAAGUCUUCCCACUUUAUUGGUUUGUUUUUUGUUUUGUUUUGUUUGUUUGUUGGGUUUGUUUUUUUUUGUUUUGUUUUGUUUUGGGUUUGGGUUUUUCGAGACAGGGUUUCUCCGUGUAGCUUUGUGCCUUUCCUAGAACUCACUCUGUAGCCCAGGCUGGCCUCGAACUCACAGAGAUCCACCUGACUCUGCCUCCCAGUGCUGGGAUUAAAGGCGUGCACCACCACCGCCCGGCUGGUUUGUAAUUUUUUUACAAAAGAUUAUUAGUUUGGCUUUGUUACUUUUGUUCUCUAGUGCAAUUUCUGGGUUUAAUGAUAGGCAAUCUUUAUUACCUUAGUAGUAGUUGUCUUUUGAUUUGCAUUAUAUUCCAUUAUGUAUUAUUGAGAUGGGGCAGGCCAGGGCAUACAAGUAGAGGUCCGAGUGAGUACAGCUUACAGGAAUCGGUUCUAUCCUUCCACGAUGUGAGGUCCAGGGAUUAAACUCAGGUCGUCAGACUUGGUAGCAAUUACCUUUACCUACUGAGCCAUCUCAAUAGUCACACGCUUUUCCUUGAUUGUUGAAUUGGGAAUUUAUUUCCUUCUUUUCAUUUCCUGAUACAAGUGUGUAAAGUGUGUGGUAGGCAGAAUGGCCUUUCCUCCAUUUCCUAGAACCUGGGAGCACAUUACCCCACACUGCAGAUUAAACAGGCAAGAGUGCUAAUGUGUGGCCUUCGGGUGGAGACAACCCCGGUUACCCGAUGGGCCUACUCCUGUCCAUGUAGACAGUCUCCCAUCCAGCUCUGAACUCGCUCCUGACACAGCACAGAGGCCAGGAGAGAACAGGAGAAAUGGUCGUGGCAGGCAUAAAAAAGAACUUAACUAGAUCAAGAGAUCAGACAGUGCCUAGUCCGCUAAAACAUUCAGCCUCGGACUCUGUGCCUCAGUUUCUUAAUCCGUAAUGUGAGUACAGCAAUAGUGUCUACCUGGAGCACAAGGCAACACUGAGCCUGAAUUCCAUUCCCUUCCCUACCAUAUCUUCUUGAGUGCAUUAUGCUUUGACUGGUUCAGUUAGACUAACAUCUUUGGGUCACAGAAAGAAAGAUGUCCAACCUAGGACAGUGGCACAAACCAUGAAGAUGAAAGGUAGCCUUGUUGAGGAGUGUCCAGGUGGCCUCACACAGGAAACUGAGCAGGUGGGGCCAGUGGCAGGGGCCUACACCUGCAGUUACACAGUAUGUCUAGCUCUCUCAGAAGAAGAACACAUCCUAGCUAGGCUACUAAUCCACAGACAGGAGAUACCCUUUCUAACAACCUAAUACAUGGUAGACCGUGGGACACACCACUGCAGAGGAGGUCAGCACCCAGGCUCCCUCCUCCCAGAACUGUGGUCCUGUCCAGAACCCCUGUCACCAGCCUUUCCCAGUUCUCAACUCUGUGACAUCACAGUCUCCUAUCCACUUGGCCAGUAGCAAGUGAGGGAGAGUUAAAGGUGAGACCUAAGAGUGGGAGGGGGAACAUCUCUGCACUAAAAGGAUGACAGUGCCCCCACACUCCUGAACAUAAACUUAAUUGCUACCACCAGUAGAUGCUACCCCUCCUUGGCCUCCACCAACUGUUUCUCCUUCUGGCUCCUGGCUCACCCCACAUGUACUGGAUAACCCCAAAGGACUCCCUCAACUCUAGAAACCUGCUGGCUUGAUCUCAGAACCUUGUUUCAUCUGGCCACUGUGGUGUGGGGUCUCUAGAGACCUCAGGCUCACAGUCUGUUGAAGACAAAACCAAAGUUCUCCUCUUUGGCUCCUACAUUCAUCUAAGGGGGUGGGGCGCACAGGUAGUGAAAAAAAAAAACCCAGCCUACAUGUCCCCUGUGUCACCAUAUUUUGGUGACAUAAGCACUUACUGUAUGCAAGAUGCCUUCCUAAGCCCUUAGACCUUCAUGCCACACAAUCUUCACAACAUUGGACAGGUUUUAUCACACCAUUGUACAGAGAGAGAAGCUGAGCUUCAAGAGGAGAAAACUUGCUUUGGGUCACACUUCAAGGUGUUAUAGAAAAUAAGACACACACACUCCAACAUCCACUUAAGUAAAAAGGGUGUGUGCUUAACCAAAAUGUCACUCUGUCCAUCUUCAGGUGAAGCCUUGAUAUUUAAGUGCCCCUCCAUCAGCUCUCAGAGUACCGGAUGCUCCUGAACAUGUCGUCCUGGAACAGCCUGCAGGGUGAGGCAGUAGACAGCAGGGACUCUGGCUUCCCACAACACCACACUAACGGUGCUAAGGUAGAGCUCCACGGUAGAAUUUUUGCCUAACAUGGGCAAGACUCAGGCUCCAUCCCCAGUGAUGGAAAAGAAAAGGAAAGAAAAUCAAUGGAGUCCACGCUGUUCCUUUGGGCUGUGACACGGGGACAAGUCACAUUUCUGAGACCCAGCACCCUCUAACAAAGCGGGACACCAUCCUGUGUCAUAUAUACAGACAAGACGAAAGAAAAAGAAGAAGUCUCAGAAGCCAAAAGACCUGCUGCAGAUAAUCAAUGAACAUCAGCAUGCCUCACACUGAGGCUGGUCCUCUUCCCAUGAACUUGUAUAACCAAGUCCCAAAUGAAGCUGUUUCACAACUAGGGAGAAAAAACCCACUGGCGGAAAGGAGACUGGGGAGGACUGUGUGACUCAACAGUCAGAGGAGCUCUAGGCAUCAAUUUUGCCAACACAGAGGACACAGAGUGGACACCUACUCUGCCUGAGUUAUGGUGUGACCAGAGACCCAAAGGUGAUGGUGACCCAUCCUGUCUCUGAGAACAAAAAUGUUGCUUCUGUUCAGAAUCCUCAGGAUUUCACACAGGACUUUACACCAGGAAAUCCUCCAUAAAUACUUGUCCCCAGGUAUCCAUAGAGAACUAGUCCCAAAACAGCCUUGGAUACCAAACCACAUGCGCAUCCAAGUCCCUGAAUAGGACAUAGUAUUUGAAUCUAACCUACAGGGAGGAGAGAGAGAGAGAGAGAGAGA